UUGUUACUUACUAAAAUAUAUAUAUUGGCACGCGUAUGAAUGUAUGUAAAUACGCGCAAAUGUACCGUAAAAUUUAAAUGCGACGAAUGUAGCCUUUUGUACGCUUCCAUUUUUUCCUGUUUGUAUCAUUGCAUCUCUGCGCCACAGCUGUGGCGCUCACUAAACACAGCACCGGAAAACACAUGUUGACUUCUUGCACGAUUUGUUUACAUCUUUUUUCGGUGCACACGCGAAUUGUUUUCAAUUAAAAUCUGUAAAUUAUGACCGACGAGCAAAUGGCAAUGAAUAAGAAAUGGACAGACGAGGAGCGUUUGGCGUUGGCCGCUAAACUAGAUGAAGAUCUGGAUGCAUUCAUUGAUGGUUUGGAAAGGAAACGCUACGAAGAAGGCUGGCCAGAGGAUCGCUGGCAGGAAGAAAUGGAAAAGCAUCCGUUCUUCAUGAAGAAAGCACCACAGCCCGGCGACGAAGUGCAUCCAAUGUUUGAAGGUCUGCAGAAGUUAAAAUAUGAUCCAGAGGAGAAUACAGCUGAAGAGCUUGCUCUCAAUUACAAAGAGGACGGCAACUUUUACAUGAAACAUAAAAAGUUCCGCACAGCAAUAUAUAGCUUUACAGAGGCUUUAAAAGCCAAAUGUGAUAAGCCAGAGGUGAAAUCUGUGUUGUAUAAUAAUCGUUCAGCUGCACACUUUUUUCUCAAGAACUAUCGAUCGGCGCUUGGUGACGCUCAACGCGCUCUGGAAUAUAAUCCGGAGUAUGCAAAAGCACGCUGGCGUGCUGCUCAAUGUGCUUUUUAUUUGAACAAAUUCGAGUUAUGUUCAGAAUUAUGCGAUGAAAUACUAGAACGCGACGGUAGCAACGUAGAAGCUAAAGAACUGUUAAAGAAAAAUAAAACAAAAAAGCUGGAAAUUGAACGUGAUCAACGCAAAGAAUCUGCAGAAUCGAAAAAGCGCAUGGUACGCACUCAACAACUAAUUGAUGCUUUGACGAAGCGCGGCAUAAAAUUUGAUGACCUAAAGAAAAAUAUGUCUAUUACAGAGGAGUUGCUACGUCCAAAGUUUCUUCCUUUGGAAGACCAUCCAGUGCAUUUGGAUGAUGAUAAAGACACUCUGGUAUGGCCAGCAGCCUUUUCUUACCCAGAAUUUUUAUUUAGCGAUUUUCAACAAGAGCUGCAAGAGAAUGUAACCAUGGAAGAUUGCAUAAACGCCUUAUUAUUAGAGCCAUUGUCAUGUGAUAAAUCUAAUAGCUACCGCCCUGGCAACAUAAAUGUCUACUAUGAAAAUCGGAAAGUGGGCUGCGUGCAUAAAGUUGACUUAAGUAAUACCAUUAGAGAUAUUUUAAAUGAAAAGGGUUUCUUUGUUACCGGUGGCUCGCUUUUAUUCUAUAUUGUACCGAAAAAUUCACGUGUCGAACAAGAAUUCAUUCAUCAGAAGAGGAGACCGUUAACAUACGCGUAAAUUUAUUUAUUACGGUUAAAAAUUAUGAGUAGAUUUUAUAAAAAUAAGAAUGAAAUUAUUAAGACACAAGAAAAAAAAAACGUUUAUAUGAAACCCCCAAGUUGCUUACUCUAUUGCAUUAAAAGAUUUUGGUUUUUUCGGUG